CGAAUUUCGUAGUCGUCGAUGCCGUGGUGGGGUCUUCGAGGGGCCCUUCUGGCUCUUUUCUCUUACUUAUUGGCGAAUCCCGCUCAAUGGAGCAUACUGGGAGAGAUCUUCGGGCGAGAGCACUUGUAAGCGGAACGGCCGGGCUUCGCCCUGGUGGAGCGAGGUCAUCCCGUCUUGCAUCAGCAAGGGCGAGAGCCCUUUGUAUGACCCCAUCGUCGCUGGAGAGUUCUUGAUGCUGAAGCACCUCGCGAGCAUGGGCAAGGCCGACCCCGACGCCCACCUGAAGCGGAGGGCCGCCCCGGGCUCGCAGCCGGACGCCAAGGCGGCGGCGCCCGCCUGACUAGGAGGGGGCGCCCCCGCACGCGCCGCGGGCGCCGCGCCGCGCGGCCUCGGGCCCUGGCCCCGCCGGUGCGGCGCGGGUGCUGAGCGCUGGCUUGAGCGCUCCUGCCCGCGCCGCCGUUUUUUGUUGUCGUGGGAUGGAGGAGAUCUGGGCACUUGUGCCGUCGGCGCCCGCCUUGUAGUUCCAGCCACGGCCGCAGCCCGGUGCCGAUGGGGUGUUCUCCCUCCCACGGCGGAGCGUGCUCGGCCAUAUGGGCGCCGCGCGCAGGGCGUGAGGCCGCGCGCGGGCGCUUCGAGGCGCGCCGUUGUCGCCGCGGAA